CGCCCUCCCCGCGGCCAAGGAGGGCCCGGCGGGCAGCCGCGCCGCCUCCGGUAAGCCGCGCACCGGCCCCUUUGAUGGAUCUGCUCUUAAGUACAGCUUUGCAGAAACUGGGAAGUGUCUCAUCGGAGCUCUUGAAUUUGGACCACUUCCAGGCCUGACAUCCAGAAACUCAUCCCUAUGGGUGGCAAAUCUAAAGAGGCUGGAUGCAAAAGAGGAAGCAUGGUAAAGGCAGCAUCUUUCCAGGACCCAUGGGCUCUUUGAGAGAUGAUCAGAGGGAGGCCAGAUGAUCUACACAACACGCAUGCCACUGUUUCUCAUCCACAAAGCCAGCAUCGGAGCAUCCUCCCCAGCCCCGCGCCCCCCGGCUUGCCUGAUCGUUUCCGGAUGUUUCGCAGCUGCGAGUGGGAGGUCCUGGAGCGAUCCCUCAAUAUCCUUCAGGCCAGCGACUUCUACUGGGGCCCCUUGUCCGUGGGAGAGGCUCACGCCAAGCUCCAGGGGGAGCCCGUUGGCACCUAUUUGGUGCGGGACAGCUCGCAGGGGAACUGCUUGUUCAGCUUGAGUGUGCGGAUGCCGACCGGGCCAGUCAGCCUCCGAAUCUCUUUCCAGGAGGGUUAUUUCCGUCUGAAGAACUGGUUUUCGGACUGUGUGGUCCGGCUGCUGGAGCUGGUGGUGGCAGGGACCCGAAACAACCCUUUACAUUUCGACGAGAUGGGGGGAACCCCCCUUGUCUUCUCUGAGCCCCUGUGCCGAAGCCGUCGGGUGGUGCCCACGCUGCGAGAACUGUGCUGCCAGAGCCUGCCCGCUGGUGCUGCGACGAGGCAUGGAGCAGGGCUGGGUAGCUCCUCUGGGAUGCACCCCAGGGAGGAGUCAGUGUCACCCCUGGGUGGAAGGGGAGGGUCAGAGGGUAGCAUUGUCAUCCCCAGCCCCUCCCUGUCCUGGAGUGGGAGAUGAUGCUGUGCCCAUUGGAGGCAAAGGGUGACUGCUGGUGGGGUGCACCCCACGCUGGUGGAGCUGGACUGGCUGCUGGGAGAGGAAGGGAAGGGUAGGGGGAACAGGGCUUGAACCUGCUGGCCAUGGCAGCUGUGUCCUCAUACAUUCACAGUGCAUAUGGCCUGCCACAGAGAUCUUUGGUGCAAGGACCUGAGGAGCAGAAGUUUGCCCUCACCCCCUCUGUCCUACCUCCUGUUCUCUGCUCCAUUUAUAAUUUAUAAGCUUGAGAAGAAGAUGAGUUGCCUCCCCUCCCAGGUCAGCCCUGUAUUUUCCAUUACCCCAAAAUGGCCAGACUAAUUCUUGCUACAAAUCUGCCCUUGUGAAGUGGUACAGCUGAGUCCAGUCCCACAGUAGUGCAGCUCUGGCAUCAGUGGGCAUGUCCCUUGUGCCCACCAGAUGCCCACAUGACUGCAAAGGGGCAAGAACAGAUUGCUCUCCUUGCAGCACAGAAUGCCACUUAAGAGACCAGUGUUUGAACUUAAAGAGGAAAACCAUCUCAGCCCCGUAGGAUACAUGCAGCUUCUCUGGCUUUUGCAUAGUUUCAGCAGACUUUUGGGAGUGCAGGUGAGAUACUUCAUGCUAAGGGCAUGGUGUUCCUGCGGAGGUAACUUUGUUCUGGAGAGCCAAGGCUGCCCUGGGAGAGUGUGAACAGAUGGGAUCCAGUGCCCUUUCUUACGCUCAUCUGAUAGUAUGCUGCUGCCACCUAUAGAUAGUAAAAAAGAUGAUGUGGGUUUGCCUCAAAAAAGGCAGAGAAUUUUUUUUAU